AUGACAACCAACGGCGUCGAAAAGGAGCCUAUCAAAGUCAUCAUCAUCGGCGCUGGCCUUGGCGGCUGUGCUUGUGCUCUUGCUCUCAAGCAUCAUGGCCAUGAUGUCGUCGUUCUGGAAAGACUAAAAAGAUUCCGACGGCUAGGCGAUUCGCUGGGCCUCGGCGAGAAUGCACUCAAGCUGCUUGAGCGCUGGGGUGGCAAGUCACUCUACCAACGCCUGACCAGCAUCGGCAACCAGGCCCCGAACAUGCAGAUCCGUCGCUGGCACGAUGGCAAGAUACUAGCCCAGCAGCCGCUGAUGGACAUGGCGGGCUACAUUGGCCACCGAGGAGAUUACCACGAAGCUUUCAUACAAGCCGUCAAGGACGCGGGUAUAGAAAUUCGUAUGGGUUGCGAGGUCGUCGCAUACGAUGAAUCGAAGCCGAGCGUCAUCUUUGCGGACGGGACGGAGGAGACGGCGGAUAUCGUGGUGGGUGCCGACGGCAUCAAGUCGCGCGCACGAGAACUCGUCCUCGGCUUUGAGGAUGCGCCGAAGAGCAGUGGGUACUCUUGCUAUAGAGCGUAUUUCCCCGGCAAGUAUCUACAAGACGAGCCUCUGUGCCGCGAGUUUACGGGCCAUGAUUGUGUCAAUAUUUGGAUUGGCGCAGAUACACACCUAAUCCAGAACACCCUCCGCAACGGCGACGAGUUCAACUGGAUCGUCACACGCAAGUUAUCGCACGAAGCCGACAUGGUGAUCAAGGAGUCGUGGUACCAAGAGGGGAACAUGGAAGAGGUUAAGAAAUCGGUAGAAGGCCUCGAUCCGAGAAUUCGCGUCGUCGUCGAAAAGACCGAAGCCUGUCUGGACUGGAAGAUCUGCUACAGAGACCCGCUUCCUACCUGGGUGUCCAAGAGCCACAAAUUAGCACUGCUAGGUGACAGCUGCCAUCCGCAUCUGCCAACGAGCGCCCAGGGGGCGAGUCAGGCGACGGAGAGUGCGGGUGUGCUCGGAGUCUGUCUUAAGCUGGCUGGGAAAGAUAAUAUUCCCUUGGCGACAAGAUGCUACGAGAAGUUGAGGUUCAACCGAACCAGAGCUAGUCAGACAAACGGGGAGGAUCUUAGGGACCGCUGGCACAACGCGCUUAAGAAUGUAGACGAGGGUGUCGAGAUCGACCCCGAAUCCGUCAAGAUGCGGAACAGGUGGUUGUAUGCCUUCGAUGCGGAGGCGGAUGCUGUAGAACGCUGGGAGGAGGUCUCGACGCUUGUUAAGGAGGAGUUGAGGACGGGGAAGAUUACGCCGUUGUGUUGAGUUGGCGUCUGCGUGAUUGAUGUCGCUAUUGACAUCUAGUAAUACAUAUUACAGUAUAUAGAGAGAUAUGCAACAUCCGUGUGAUGAGAUAUGCGGAAAUUCUUGUUGGCCAGUAAUGGUAG